AUGAAUAAUCUAUUUGAUAAUACAGAAAAAUCAAUUAAAAUUAAUAAUAAUAAAUUAGAAGAAUUACAAAUAAAAAAUGUACUUAAUCCAUUCAAUCAAGAAUUUAUCAAUGAACAAUAUGCAAAAGAAUUGGGAAUUAUUGUGAAUGGAUACUAUCGAAACUGUUAUGGUGGAUUAAUUCCAUUACAUAUCGCAGCAAGAAAAGGUUUUAUUAAAUUCGUAAUAAAUGAUCGAAUUGUAAUUGAAUAUCGUUCAAAACAAUAUUCAAUUAUAUCGAAUCUAACUAUUCAUCAAGUGUAUGAUAAUAUUCAACAAUGUAUGAUUUCAUGUCAACAAGCAAUCGAUAAGGGUUAUCUUAAUUUAGAAUUAUUUCUAUAUACAAAUUUAAAUCUAUCUAUGGAAAUACAUGAAGCAUUUUAUCGUGGAUUAAUUAUCGGAGAUUUACAAACGAAUGUCACUCAACCAAAACCAAUUAUUUCUAUAAAUGAAAAACGAGAUUUUGAAUAUGAAAAUUUAUUUUCAUCAUUAACAAAUAUUAUUAAUAGUUUAAGUGAAUUUCGUAAUACAAUAAAUAUUAUUGAUGAAUGCGAAUUAACAUCAGAUGGAUUUAUUAAACAGAAAAAAACAGGAAAAUGUUAUUUAUUAACACAAGCUAUAGAAUCUGGUCUCGAAUCUACACUUGUCAAUAAUACAAUGUCAUCGACUAUGAAUACAACUUCUGAUGAAGAUGGAAUUAACCCAUAUUUUUCGGAAACGUUUAUGUUCGAUUUAUUAAAACCAACUGCUAGUUCAGUCGAUGAAAUAGAAAAUACUGAAAUUUAUCCUAUAAAUACGAAACGAUUGUUACCUUCAAUAAAUACUUGCUAA